ACUGCAGGGUACAAAAGAGCUCGUCUUUUACGCGCAGUCUCAUUCGAUGGCGCUGAAACUCCACAAGCAAAAUGAGCUUAACCCGAGAUAACAAAAACUCCUCUGUUGAGCUAAAGGAAUAUAUCGAAAAUCCGGCUUUUCAGGAUGAUGAAGAAGAGGAAGACAACCCAAGUUCCAUUCGCGUCUCGGCGAGCGCAGAGGAAAGCGCGUACACGCAGAUCAAACCGUACGCCGGGAUGCCCAAAGAGGUCCUUCUGUUAUACUCCAGUCAAACUCGAUACCGAAUACCGAGAGAAAUCCUCUUCUGGCUGAUUAUAGCGUGCACCCUGGCGCUCAUAGCGCUCACCAUCACACUUAUAGCCCUUUCUCCAGCCUGCCUGAGCUGGUGGCAAACAUCCCCGGUGUAUCAGAUCUACCCCCGAUCAUUUAAAGACUCCGACGGAGACGGUGUCGGAGACCUCAACGGCAUCAAAGAAAAACUGAGCCAUUUCCAGUACUUAAAUGUCAAAGCAAUCUGGAUCAGUCCUUUCUAUAAGUCUCCCAUGAAGGAUUUUGGCUACGAUGUAGAAGACUUCAGAGAUAUCGAUCCUCUCUUUGGAACCAUGGCGGACUUUGAGGACCUGCUGUCCAGCAUGCAUAGCAUGGGUCUGAAACUGAUCAUGGACUACAUUCCCAACCACACUAGUGAUAAGCACGUCUGGUUCCAGCUAAGCCGUAACCGCACCGAAUACUAUUCUGACUUCUACAUCUGGGUGAACUGCACCGAGGACAGACCGCCUAAUAACUGGGUGAGUGUGUUUGGGAACUCCAGCUGGACGUAUGACCCGGUUCGUGGACAGUGCUACCUCCAUCAGUUCCUCAAAGAGCAGCCAGAUCUCAACUUCCGUAACCCCGACGUCGUGAAGGAGAUGACGGAUGUAAUCCAUUUCUGGUUAAAGAAGGGGGUGGAUGGGUUUCGCAUGGAUGCUGUCAAGCACAUGCUUGAAGCGACGCAUUUGAGGAACGAACCCCAGGUUGAUCCUGAACAACCUCCUGAUACUGUGGAUACAGAAUUUGAGUUGUACCAUGACUAUACAUACACGCAGGUAGGCCUGCAUGACAUCCUCCGAAGCUGGAGAGUAAACAUGGACGAUUACAGCAGAGAGCCAGGACGCUAUCGAUUUAUGGUGAUAGAAUCCUAUGACUAUGAAGAAAUUGACAAAACCAUGAUGUACUACGGAACGCAUUUUGUUAAAGAGGCUGAUUUCCCCUUUAACUUUUAUCUUCUGGACCUCCCCGAUGGUCUGUCUGGAUCAAGAGCAAAGGAACUGGUUGAACAUUGGAUGUCAAACAUGCCCAAGGGGAAAUGGCCAAACUGGGUGGUAGGGAAUCACGACAAGCCGCGCAUGAGCUCCAGAGCUGGUCAGGAUUAUGUUCGUGUCGUCAACAUGCUGCUAUUAACUCUACCUGGAACCCCGACCACGUACUAUGGCGAGGAGAUUGGCAUGGAGAAUGUCAAUGUUUCCGUUAUCCAGGAUCCUUUUGGAAAGUUUGACCCAAGUAAGAGUCGGGAUCCCCAGAGGACACCAAUGCAGUGGAACAGAGGCCUCAAUGCCGGUUUUAGUGACAGCAAGAACGGUACCUGGUUGGACGUAGGUCCAAACUUCACCACCAUCAACGUAGAGGUUCAGCAGAACGACCCUGCCUCAGUGCUGGAACAGUAUCGCACUCUGGCUCUGCUCAGAGAAAAGGAGGUUGCGCUGAGUCGAGGCUGGCUCUGCUAUAUCUUGGCAGAUGAUAAUGUGUUUGCCUUUUUGCGCGAGCUGGAUGGACUAAAUCAAGCUUUUCUGGUACUCCUGAACUUUGGCAAAGAUACAGAAACAAACCUCUCUGCAGUUAGCGAGCUGCCAGAUCAGCUCACUGUUCACUUCAGUACACAUCCUGGGACUGUGAGCAGCUUCUCCAAAUCCAAAAUCAGGACCUCAAAGGGCCAGGGACUGCUGCUGAAAUACUCCAGUAAUAAGCGCUUUCACCUCAACCACGAGUCUGAGUGCUACAUCUCUGAGAAAGCCUGCUUCCUAAGUGCCCUUAAUAUUUUGUACAAGUGCUAAGAAUGUGAAUGUGAAAUGAAUAAAAUCAUGAAGCUGCAUCGCCCAGCA